AUGGCCAGUAGCAGCUGUCCAUCCACCGAAACGAAGUUUAUUUACUACAUAGAUGAAGAAGAAACGCCUUACCUCGUGAAGCUCAAUAUCGCGCCGGAAAAAGUUACUUUGGGGGACUUUAAAAAUGCCUUGAAUCGUCCACAUUCAAAGUUUUUCUUCAAAUCUAUCGAUGACGACUUUGGUGUUGUUAAAGAAGAAAUAUUCGAAGACAACACCCCACUUCCUUGUUUUAAUGGCCGUGUAAUUUCUUGGUUGGUCACUGCUGAUGAAAGCAUAGCUUCUGAUUCAGGAGUUCUUGGCCCUUCCACCGAAGCAAGCAACAUUGUAAUUAAUAGCAAAAACACACCAGCUCCUGAUUCAGAGUCUAGUGAUACUCGCGAUAAUGAAUGCAAAAACAGUUCUUGUAUACUUCAACCACACACCACUGCUGCACCAGCUGAUUCGACUUCUGCAAACCUGGGACGUGGGGGAAAAAUUGGACAAAGUUACGAUACAGAAACAGAGUCUGUGCACAGUGCUAACCAAGAUCGCAUUGCUCCACUACGGAAUUUCCAUCACUAUAAGUCUGGUGGUCGACACCAUUAUGCAGCAGGUAGUAAUCAUGCUCAACAAAAUACCCACAAUGGUUCACGCCACCGACAUUAUCGUCAUUUACCUAGUUCAAGUACUUACGAAACUCCUUCAAUGUUAAGUUCAGAUCUAGAAUCCACUAGCUUUUUAGAUUCUGAAGAAGAGUCCAGCAGGUUUUCAUCGGUCACGGGGACCACAUUAUCUUCCCGCCGAUAUGGUCGCGCGCGAUGCCGACGAAGACGUAGGCGCCCACCACCAAUCAGUAGAGCUUCUUCAUUUAGCAGCAUCACGGAUUCCACAAUGUCGUUGAAUAUUAUGGCGGUCACAUUAAAUAUGGAUACAGUUAACUUUUUGGGUAUAAGCAUUGUUGGGCAAUCAAAUAAGGCGGGAGAUGGUGGAAUUUAUGUGGGUUCUAUCAUGAAAGGUGGGGCUGUAGCCCAGGAUGGACGCAUUGAACCUGGUGAUAUGAUUCUUGAAGCAAAUGGCAUUAGUUUCGAGGAGAUGAGUAAUGACGACGCCGUUCGCACAUUACGAGAACAAGUCCAGCGCCCUGGACCCAUAACUCUGGUUGUUGCCAAAUGUUGGGACCCGAAUCCAGCUGAACGGUAUUUUACGAUACCCCGCCAAGAACCUGUACAUCCUAUUGAUCCACGCGCCUGGGUGCUACAUACCAAUGCAAUGACUACACCCGAUUCUCACAUUCAGCGCGGGGAUUCACAUCGACAAGUCAAUGGGGCUUCUAUAACUGGUGCUUCAUCAGGUGGUGAGUCUAGCUCUACUCUCAGUCCUCCGGGUCUUACUCCAGGCAUGAGCAUGGGGACCUUGACUUCAGGACAAACUUCUAUGCCUUUGGGUACAAGUGCAGCGGCUUUCAAUAUGGCAGCUUUGCUCGCGGCUUCUCAACAAAAACAGCAACAAGAACAUGAACAACAACAGCAGCAGCAACAACUACUUCAACAGAGAAUUCAUUUGCCGCAACCUGCAUUUUAUCCAGCAUCAAAUGUAAUGGUUCCUCAUGGUUAUACCCAACAGAUUGCUCCUAGCAUAGUAACUGCUUCAAGCUCGUUACCUGAAAUUGAACGCUACUCGGAUCCUAUUCCAUUAAGUUUAUCAACAAGUAUUCCGACAGUGAUUCGUGCAAUGCUGCAACCGGAUUCUGGUCUGGAAAUUCGCGACCGUGUUUGGCUGAAGUUAACUGUGCCAAAUGCAUUUAUAGGCUCUGAUCUUGUUGAUUGGCUAUUCAGACACUUGGAAGGCUUGGUCGAUCGUAGAGAAGCUAGGAAAUAUGCAUCGAAUUUACUGAAAUUAGGCUAUAUUCGCCAUAUUGUAAAUAAGUUAACUUUCUCAGAACAGUGUUACUAUGUCUUUCGGGAUAUUAGUGAACAUAUGUCUUGCCUAAGUUUAGAAGAAGUUGACAGCGUUAGUGAAGUUGGUGCUCUACCUCAUUCUAACUGGGGCCACAAUACAACAAGCACGAGUCUAACCGUAAGACCAGGCCCGAAUAGUAGCGUACAAGAAUACAAUGCAGGCCAUACCGGUCCUCAUGGAGUUGUCGGAUCGGGAAACAGAGAGGGAAAUAGCAGUCAGUACAGUACUGUACCGCCAAUGUACCAUCCGCCUGUUCCACCUCUAGCUGCUCCCAUUCGUCAGUUGAUUGCUGAUGGUCAGAAUGUAGCUGCUAAUAUAACUCUUCAACAACCUCAUGUUUCCAGGCUGAAUGAUAGUAACAGAGAUAAUAUAUCAGGUUAUUCCAGCUCAACAUCCAGCACAAGCAGUGAAUCGAAUCAGUUUGAUCAGGAGAUCCCUGGGCAUAAUAAAACCCGUCCUACAGAAUUAUCUAUGUCAAACCGUCCAGGAGCUUCAGGAUUCACUCAUUCUAGACAACAGGAAUCCCUAUUGCUAAACUCUCGAUCAUUGAAACAACAGCAUUCACAGUCGAAUUCAAAUUUAGCACAAACUCUCAUAACUUCAGCCGCUGCUGGUGUUCCAGUCCAUCCAUCUAGAUUUAAACAUAGUUUUUUCUCUGAUGCUAAUGAUAUUUCUCAACAACAGGAGCUUGGAGCUUCAUCAACAGGAUCCAGUUCCACCUCUUUUGGAAACCCUAGACAGAACGUAACUACUAACAAUUCCGAUUUGAAGCAGCAUCAAACACAAGAAUCAAUUCAACGGGAUUCGAUGCUUAGUUCAAAAAGCAGUAGUAGCAGCAGCUGUACUCCACUAAACGCUAGUGUGCAAGAGAUGCGACAGGUUGUGUCAAAUCGUAUGCCUCACAUGUCUAACCAUCAGAAUAGUGCUCCUCCGCCUCCUCCACCGCGAAUUUCAACAGCUGUUUCUGGUUAUACACUAACCAGUCAUCCCUAA